CGCGCAGACCCCGAUGCCCAGACGACAGUCACCGACUUCCUCGACUUCACCGAGUACCUGCCCGCCGACAUGAUACGCUCCCUCACGCUCGUUGGCAAGCUUGAUCAGAGAUACGCAGAUGCCUCGCACAAGGUCGACGACCUGACGACGCUAUGGGGCCAACUGCCGGCCCUGCCAGCCCGCGAGCGCCCCUCGCCGGUGCAGCUGCGCGCCGAGAUCUCGGAGAACCUGAAGCAGGCGCUGGACGCGAGGAUCUUCGCCCACGCAGAGGCCGUCAGGAUGGCCGACAAUGUCAACCGCCACUACAACAAGGCGACGGCGCUGCUGUCCAAGCUGCAGGCCAUGAUGGACAACUACCCGACAGAGGAGCAGGCCCCUGCCGAGCCGAGGUCUCCUCAAAUGACAAGGGCGAAGCUGACGGUCAGGGCUACGGGCGAAGAUGGGCAGAAAGUGCGGCGGUCUCGAGUCCCGCGCAUCACGGUUCCCGGCGAGGUUCUCGCGCCAUACGAGAUAGAGUACGAUACAUUUAGCGACGACAGCGAUAUCAGCUCCGACGAAGAGUCCGAGGCGCCCGCAACCACCGCCAACCGCAGAAUACCAGCUUCCGCGCCGCGCAUCAAGCUGGUGAGCAACAAGAGUCAAAAGUCCAGUGGCCGCUCUUCGCGUGGACAGUAUGCUACGCCUGCCUUGAGCGCCGCCGCUGCUGCGAACGCGGCGGCGCUGCUCAACCCUCCUCCCGAGAACGCCGUCAUCGGAAGCCCUGAUGCGCCGUGGCUGCAGUUGACGCAGUACGAGCUGGCCAAACUGAGAAAGAGGAUGAAGAAGAAUGCUACGUGGACCCCCAGCGAGACCAUGAUUGCCCGAGAGCUCAAGGCUUUGUGCCGAGGACCGGAUGCCUACAGAGAGGCCAAGAAGAAGGCGGAGGAGGAAGGCCGAGUCUUUGAGGCCAUAGUGCCGACACCCAUCGUCGACAACGAGUCGGGAGCCAAGCAACUGCCUGCUGGUGCCAUCAGCGUCGACUCCCUGGCGGCUACCGAGGUGCCGACCAGCAACCGGGGGAUGAAGCUCAACGAGGCGAAGAAGCUCAAGAGAGAGCAGCUGGCCAAGCUUGCCGCGGAAGAAGCCGAGGAAUCUGCGAGGAAGAUGCAGCAGGCGGCAAAGCUGUUUCUGGGCAGCAGCACGACUUCCAGCAUGACGCCCGACAACGCAAAGAGCCCUGGACCACAGCCCAAGCCGCGGACCAAUUCGAGGUCUAAGCGGAAGAGGGACGGCGAGGAAGAGGCAAACGGCGAGGCAGCAGCGGCGGCAACAGCAGCAGCAGCUACAACGAUAGCAGCUGCAGCGCCAGAAGGCGGUGAAGCCACAUCAUCGUUGCGGCCGACAACAAAGCGUACCAAGACGUCUGAGACACCAGUCCCACCGCCGGUGCCCGGUCUAAUCGUGCAGGGCAGCUCGGUGUCCUCCGAUCACUCUGCACCCCCAGUUGCCGCGUCGUCUGGGAUGCCCCAGUCGGAGACUCCCGUCCCGAUCCCCAUCCCUCCACAGUCGUCCGUCACGACGAGGUCAGCAACAUCUCCAGUGCCAGGCUCUACCCUCGCCGUCACGGGCAGUGCUGGCAAUGGCGCCGUUUCUGUGCCUGCUGGCGCGCCUGUCAAGACUCCCCACGAAACCCCUGUCCCCCUUCCCAAAACGGAGCCGAGGAUGUCUACCACGCCGAUCCCUCCUCCGGCGAUUAGAGAACUACCCGGGCGAGAGGCCAGUAAGCGCGAAACGCGGGGAGAGGCGGCAAAGCGAUCACAGCAGCAGCAACAACAGCAACAGCAGCAGCAGCAAUGGCGGCAGUCCACGCCGGCUCCAGACUCGCUGCCUUCUCGCCGGCCCGGCUCGCGAGGCAAGGCCGCAAGCCAGGAGCCGCAGCCAUCGCUGGCGGUCGAUAGAUCUCGCCGGGCCAGCACGGCACGCAAUACUCCAGUCCCAGAACUUAUCAAGCAGCCAGGCAAACGGACUAAGCGUCCAGCUCCCGGGGUCGUUACUACGACUAACAGCGGCGGUAACAGCGCCGUUGGCAAGCGGAAAGCGGCACCCAAGAGAAAGCCUCGCGCGACUAAGAGGGACAAGGGCCAGGUGACGGAGGAGAUGGUGGAGGUGGACGACGAGGGCAAUCCCAUUGAUCCUGACGAGCCACGGUACUGCCUCUGUAAUAGGGUGAGCUUUGGGACCAUGAUUCAGUGUGAUAACCAGAAUUGCAAGCAGGAAUGGUUCCAUCUCGAAUGCGUCGGCCUCUCUGAUAUUCCUGCGCGUACGACAAAGUGGUACUGCCCCGACUGUCGUAAGCUGCUCAAUAUCGGAGAAAAGGGAGAGAUUAGUGCUCGUGGAGUCAAG